UGCUAGGAGACAACAAAUACUCGGCUCCCUCGUUGCUAGUAAAGUUUAUCCUGUUAGCUGUGUUCAACGUUCUCCUAGUUUCUUACUUUGCUUCAUGGCGGAUUGAGUUAAAGUAAGUGGACACUUCGCUGAGGGUUUUUCAUCAAGCUCUCCUCCACCAUGCCAUAUUUUAAAACAGUAAGAAAUCAGGCACCACCUUCAUCAUUGUUGGAUAUUAAGUCACAGAAAUGUGGACUCCGGCACACUGUGUUCUCAGCCAAUGGGAAUGAGUAUACUGGAGAAUGGAAAGACAACAAGAAGCAUGGAGAAGGAGCUCAGAUUUGGAAACAGUCGGGGGCCAUUUAUGAUGGAGAUUGGAAAUUUGGAAAACGUGAUGGAUAUGGUACCUUCAGCGUGCUUCUCCCAGAAAGGAAGGAGUAUUUGAGGAAGUACUUUGGGGAAUGGAAGAAUGGAAAGAAGCAUGGAUAUGGCACAUAUGUCUACAACAACUCAGCAGUUUAUGUGGGGGAGUGGAGUGAGGACCAACGGAGUGGCUGGGGAAGCAUGUACUAUGAGAAUGGAGAAAUCUAUGAGGGAGAGUGGAUGAAGGAUAAGAAUCAUGGACACGGCAUCAUUCAAUUUGUGAAUGGAAACUGGCAUGAAGGCACCUGGAAGGAUGGCAAGAAGAAUGGGACUGGAAAAUUAUACUACUGUGACAGAGGCCAGCUUUAUGACGGCUUUUGGGUGGAUGGAGUAGCUAAAUGUGGGACUCUGUCUGAUUUUGGAAGGAAUGAAGCACCAACACCAACAAAAUAUCCAAUUCCACAGGUUCAACUGGCGGACAUGCAGUUAGUUAUAAGGGAAGCCCAGUCAACCUACCAGUGUUGAAGGAUAAGAAGAGGAAGACCAACAGCAAGUUUCCACUCCUCCACACACUCACUGACAGAAAAUAAAAAAAUGGCACUGUUA